AUGCAUGAACAUUUAACUUUGGAAGGUGGGACCAGACCUUCAUAUCAGCAAACCCAACCUCGACCCGAGUCGGCAACGGUUGCGCCUGUGCCGUCCAUAGAAGUGGCUGCUUCGCGGCAAUCACAAUCAUCCUCUUGGAAUUACUCACUAAACCAAGUCGAGAAGCGUAUUGCGGAAAGCGUACCACACUCGGGCACGGCUACACCAACGAUGCCUGGGUUGGUAUCAGAAUCAAUCAUAAAGCUACCCCUGAAUCCCUCCAAUGAUCAUGACGAGAUUCAAGAGGGUCUAGGCAGCUUAAAUCGCUGGUCCCAAUCGACAGUCUCAACCAGAGACUCGCCCCUCGGUCACUCUCGCAGAAGUUCAUUGAUUCAUGACCGUACUUUAUCCGAGACAAAUGCGAGCCCAAACAGAAUUUCGAGCCCUCAGCAUAAUCUCUUCACUGACCAUCACAUUCAAGGACAGAGUCGUCAUAUUUCUCGGGGUUCAGUCUCACCAAGUCAAACCAUAAGCCUGGAGCUCACACCGUUCAAUAAUCAUGAAUUGCCCCGCUUCGCAACAACAGAUGUCGACAAGGCAGCUUUGCAUUCUAAAGAUGAGAGUUCGGAGUUUGCGUUGACCGCUCCUGGUCUGUUUCAAAACCCAUGGACUAAGUCAGGGGUGACAGACAUGGAUUCUGUCGAGCAUACUACAGCCUACGAAUCAACAAGCCCUCACUAUGUUGGUGAUAGUUCACACUCAUCGGCUAUGGAGCGGGUACCUGGGAAACGACGGCGAGCGUAUUCUCAGAAAGCAAUGCUUUCAAAGGCCCUACAAAAGGCCAAUACUGCAGUUCUCCUUGAUAACGCAGCUAAUUUUGAAGGUGCUAUGGAAGCGUACAAUGACGCCUGUCAGCUCCUCCAAUUGGUCAUGCGACGCAGCAAUGGAGGGGAAGACGAAAGGCUAAAACUUCAGGAGAUCCGCGACACCUAUAUGCUCCGCGUCACCGAGUUAAGGCGUAUGGAUUUCUCGUUUCGCGAAGCUAAUAGCAAAGCGCUCCCCGAGCGCCCACUCAGUCAAGAGUCAUUCGGAGAAUUGUCACCAUCAUUGGAAGACAACGAUUAUCAUGAUAGUGGGACCCGGAUAAAUUAUUUGCAGCCUAACUCCUUUCUUCAUCGCCGGUCAGCAUCUGGAGAAUCGAGAAUUCUGGCUCCCGAUCAAAUUCCUCCAAGGCGCCAAUCUUUGUUGCCAUCCCCUCUAGAUGAUGAAGCAAGAUAUGCAACUGUGUCACCGGCCUUUGAUAGGUCAACCAAAGCAGAGCCCUCCUGGCAGCCUCCAGCAAGAUUGCUUGAGGAUGCAGGGGUGCCUGGGCAGGUCGCACAGAUGCCGGAAGGGAAAAGCCUGGAAGACGAGUCCCAGUCUCGCCAUCAUCACGCCGAAUUGUCUCUGUUAAGCACUCACGCCAGGGACAUUUACGAAUCGACAUCCUGGCUCGACACCAUUGACGAGUCCGGUGCUUCUUCUCCAUCAUCAACGCACUCGCAAGUAUCAUCUGUAUAUCUAAGGCGAAGAAGCCGGCCGCUCAGUCACGGGACUGAGGCUGAAUUCGAUGCUGCAUUGGACGCCGCCGUUGAGGCUGCUUAUGAUGAAGGCUUAGAACCGGCAGUCAAUGUGGGUAAUUACAGCUCGGACGACGACGUUGUUGCUCACGUUCGCAAAAAUGUCGAGCUGGCGAAACAAAGGGUAAGAGAGGUGGGAAGAGAAACCACAAUAACUAUGCAUCAGGACCACAAAAUGCAGCCAAAUAAUGGACACUCGGCGUUCCAAGAUCCUGAUGAUGCAACUCCAGACUACCUUGACGAUGAAGCUGAGGAAGAGGAGAGGUUGCUGGAAGAAAUGACCAGAGGUUACGUUAUGGACGAUUUUGCGUUUGAUCUCCAGUCAAAGUCAGCUCUUCCACGUCAGUCGGAUACGAAUACUUUCCUCGGUAGAACCUGGGACAAUACGGCUGGUUCUGCCGCAGUUACGACAGCGGCUGGUUUGGCUCUUUCUCCGUUGACAGAAGAUGACAUUCCGUCAACUACGGAUUCUGAAGCUGACCAGAAUGCGCUUCCUUCUCUGAAGCAUACUCACAUUUCGACCCCAGAUGAGUCCACCAGUAUGCCCAAACAGGCCUCUGUGCCAGGAGCAAUCUCGGGCGUGCGAGCGCGAAGGAUGUCAGGUCAAAAUAUGACAGAGCUGACAAUUGAAACAAGCUCUCGUUCGAAAUCCGCAAACGAAGUUCUUAGCCAGGAGCGGCCCGCAGAUUCGGCGACAUUCCGACCACCUUUACUCCCCAGAACCAAAUCUCAAAUCAACUUCUCCACACCUUCCACAACGACGACUCAGACUCCAGCUUCCAUGACUAGAUCCAUGGAACACGUAAAUCAAAGGAGGCCCUCUGUUGUUUCCUUGACGGAAGACAGCCCAACGACCGAAGUGCUUGACCGAGGUAUCACGCAGGAAGAAUUAUCUCAUGCCGGAACAAUGAAGGUGCCGUCUCCAGUUCGUCUCAUUGGCAAGGUACCCUCGGCGCCCGACAAUCUGGGCAAGCUCAACUCGGGUCUGAAGGCAUUUCGACCCAGGAAUGUUUCGGUGCCAGCACCUGAUCCGUCUGCAAUCUCACCGGAUACGCCUUCAAGCGGCGCUUUUACCGAUUUUCACAAGGGACCAGCAGCCGGCGCAACGCCUUCUCUACCCACACCAAUUGGUGCUACUUUUACUACUCCUGGACUGACAGCUGGAGGUCUAUGUCUAUUUGACAGUCAUAUUCAUUCGCCGACGAGUCCUGGGUCACCAAACCCAAUGGCUGCAAAUGCCCCUGUUCCAUUAGAGCCAUGCCCUGAGUCAUUCCUUCUGCGCCCAUUCUGGCUUAUGAGGUGUAUCUACCAGACCAUUGCUCACCCACGCGGCGGUUACCUUUCAAGGAAGUUAUUUGUCCCCCACGAUAUCUGGGCAGUGAAAAAUGUCAAGCUGAAGGCAGUUGAAGAGAAAGUGUCAAACUGCGACUUGCUAACGGCAGCGUUGCUUAAACUUGCCAAGGUCGACACUUAUGAUGCCGAUGCCGUCCUCGAGGAGAUGCAAUCAUUAGAGACCGUUCUCGAUCAAGUUCAGGUUUCUCUUUCAAAGAAAAUAAGCAGCGAAGUUGGUGUUCAAGGAGCUAUGCCUCUUUUCAGGUAUUCUCAGAGUACAGAUGAAGUGACAAAUGCUACCGAUGUACUGCCAUCGAAAGUUUCAACUGUUUCGGGUAAAUCAUCGUAUCUGACGUCGUGGCGAAAGCUACGAUCGAAGAACUCAGGCUUCGGAGCUGCUGUACCUCCAGUGCAUCCCAAAGAAGCCACUAAAGACAACUUGACUAUUCAUUCUCUCCCUAUGACAUCGACACCAAUCUCUCAAUCCGCCAAGCGCAAUACAGCGCAAUUUCAGUUCACUGGACCCAAUGCAAAUUACAUGGCUGCCCUCGCCCGCCUUUGCGACGCGGCGCAGGUCCUUGAUCAAAUUGCUCAGCAGGUCGAAGACCCAGGUCUCAGGCUUUCUUCUCCCACUUUGAUUGGUCUGGAGUUGAGUACACGCCAUGCCGCCGAAUUUUUUGGCUUCUAUGUGUGCCGUUUCGCCCUGAACGACAUCGGGAUAAUGCUCGACAAAUUUAUCAAGAGAGGAAGUGAGUGGGUCCUGAUCUAG